UGUUCAUUCGUUCAGUUCGAUUCGAGCGGCAGGCAGGUAGACAUCGUUCGUUCGCUGCUUCUUUGGAGAAUUUCCGCUUUCGGUUUCGGUCUCAGCCUUCGCGCGUGGUCCCCGAGACGAGGAUGAGCAUCAUUGUGGCGGCAGCUGCAAAAGUGCAACAACAGUAGGAACAUCCGCCGCAGCAGCAGCAACAUCAACAUCAACAUCAUCCGUAACCGCAGCCACACAAAAACGGGUUUCAUUUUGCAGUCGGUGCUGUGUGGUUGCAUGUGCGGUUGGGUCGCGUGCAGUUCACGGAGUAUGCAAAAGGCCUUAAUCAUUAAAUUAAACACAGACUAACGACUAAUAACAAAGUCCACGGCGACGCUGGGAGAAUCGGAGAGUGCAAGAUCCCGCUGGAGAAUGAGAAUUAAAUAGAGAGGCGCUCUCUCUUUCUCAGUCCUGCCGAUAUCUAAUCAAAAACAAAAUAAUGCCCAUGGCGGCUUGAUUCAUUAAUUUAGUUCCAUUUUCCGAAGCAAGCGGUGUGAUCCGCUCCGCGCUACAAAAAAUAACAAUAAUAAAGAAAAACGAGUUGAAGACAACAAAAAAAUUACAAACAAAAAACAACCUAAGCCAAAACACAAAGUGCACUUCGAAGAAACACGGCAACAGAUACAGAUAAAGUUACUAUCCGAACACGAGGCGGUUAGAACAGAGAAAAAACCAAAACCGAAACCGAUACCGAUACUGCAACUACAAUGAAGUACAAAUUUUUGCUGUUGCUCCUUGCUGGGAUAUCACUGCUCCUGGCCACUGGAGUCCACAGUCAACAUGAGGACAUUCCAUACCAGCCUGUAGCCAAUAUCUGCCAGACGUGCAUGUGCCUGAGCAGCCAGGACAGUGAUCACAGGACACACUUCAACCUAGACUGUUCGGUGAGGAACUUUGAGCACAUUCUCGCCCGCUGGCCGGAGGAGUUCGGUAGCCAGGCAGUGGCUGGUGGAGCAUCCACAGAGAUCGUCGUCUCGUAUUCGGGCAAUCGGAUCAGGUUGCUCCAACAACUGCCGGCCACGAAUGCCAGUUUAACGCUCUCCUGCCGACACUGCGGUCUUCAGGAUCUUCAGGCUCCGCUCUUCAUGGAUGCGCCCAAUGUGGAGGCGCUGUACCUGAGCUGGAACGAGCUGACCGACAAUGUCUUGAACCCAGGUCUCUUUAGGGGUCCCUGGAACAAUACUAACUACGAGCCGAUUGGCUUGAAGGAUCUGGACUUGAGCCACAAUAGGAUAGCUAGGCUAGAACGUCUACUCUUCGAGCAUACUCCGCAUUUGGUCAAGUUGAACCUGGCCUACAAUAAGCUCAGUAUCCUGGAUGCUGCCACGACGGCCGCCGUGGGAUCGGUGACCACAUUGCAGCGUCUGGAUCUCUCCCACAAUGGUUUGAUGUCCCUGCCUGCGGAGCUUUUCCCAAAACUACGCAGUCUACGUAUCCUCGAUGUGUCCGGCAAUGAGUUCACCGUGGUUCCUGCGAGCCUCCAGCAAUUGGGCAAGUCUCUGGUCCAUUUGAAUCUGGCGGGGAAUCAGUUUCCCAGCUUAAAGGAGAACAGUUUCAAAGGCUUGGUGGCCUUAAAACGCCUCAAUAUCAGCAGUUUGCCUGCUUUACGAAGCGUGGAAAAGGGGGCUUUGAUCCUGCCAGCCGUGGAACAGCUGGACUGCUCCAGGAAUCCCAAACUGGAGAAUGUGGAACUGGGUGACUUGCUAAGCAGUCGUAAUUUGUCGCAGUUGGAUUUGUCGCGGAAUGCUUUGACCACCUUGGUUCUCAAGGAAAAUAACAACAGUGCCUCCGCCAGCAGCAACCGUACUAUCCAAGAGCCCUGGCCACGACUUCGCCGCCUGAGUAUCUCCGGGAAUCCCUGGUACUGCAGCUGCGAACUCUUUAAGGCACUGGAGCUGUCCGGCCUCUCCCACAUCGAACAGGAAGCUGAUGGCACCGAGGCCCGCUGCGAUACCCCCUAUCUCCUGGCUGGAGCUCCGCUCUCCAACCUGACGGCCGAGCACAUCUGCAACAUGGUGAUACCCAAAAAAUAUCGUGCCGUAGACGAGGAGCCACCGCGAUUCCUGCGCCGUCGUUACAUAAUACUCACCGCCAUCAUUGCCAGCGUGGUGCUGGUAAUAGGCCUGGUCAUUGGAUUCAUUGUGGUCUGCGUGCGCCGGCGGCUCAAGGGCAGUGAUUAUGGAGUGCAGCCCAUCCGCUACACCAGCGUAAGGGGCAGCAAUUUGUCGCAGUUUUCGAAUUUGCAACCCGCCUCGGUGGCCAGUAAAUUUAAUAAUGCCCAUGCCGGUGCCAGCAAUGGUGCAACGACAGGCGCAGCCAAUGCCUGAUUGGGAUUCCUGUCGGAUUCCCAGUUCCAGUUCCGAGUUAGCAGCACAAGUUUCGAGCCAAAGAUGUGUCCACGAAAGUGUUCCAGCCACUUGCAAGCAAAUCCCCUACCGAAAAAAAAAGACUUUCUGUGCGAGCUAUCAGUGUAUAUAAGUAGUGGUCCCCUUAAAGGAGUGGAUUCUCCUUUCACACGAUUCCUUAUCCCCGAAAAAUCAACCUAACCCCUUAGUAUUUAGUGAUGCCAUCGAUGUUUGUGUAUUGUACUUAAGUUUCGAACAUAUUAGUUUGUAAUAAAAAAUAUAUAAAACAA